CGCCAAACGCCUAUCACUCUAGUAAGAUAGAGAUUAGGUAUAGAGUGACGCCAGUGAGACGAUCAAGCGAGCGCAUCGCAAACAUAAAUAAUAUGAAAGAGUAUGCGUACUUUCCGCCAGGGAUCAAGAAAAAUAGUAUACGACACUUUGCCCGAAAGUUAUAUUCACUGGCCUGGUUGUGAUGAAUUGUCAUCGCACGAAGGCCAGGAAAUACAACUUUCGGGCCAUGUAUCGUAAUGUACUAUUACAAUGAACAACUGAUGCUGGACUGAAGUUCGUAGCACGUACGCAGUGGUGUCCGCAUAUAUUACUAAUUUGGCACUUUGCAGGACCUACGUAUAGAUAAUCGUUCUAUUCUUGAGAAAAUCGGAAUAAAUACCUUAUUACUAUUUAAGAAAAUCUCAGUCUCAACCUUGCAUAUAAAAAUGCGGUGAAUGGCUAAUAAGGGAACUACAUAUGAUAGGUCAAUUAUAACAUUUUAAUUUAGUUGCCGAUUUAGUGUCCAUUCCAUAGAAAUAUAUUUUUAAUAAAAAUAGUUGUCACAUUACCUUACAUUACAUUACAUUACAUGAAUAAAGACAUUGCGAUUUUGUAAUGAAAUCAAUCUUAAACAUCAUCCUUUAUUGCAAGUGCCGUUAACCAAACUUGCUGAGUCGCGUUCGAGCAGCCGUAGCGAGCAGACGUGUUUUCCGAUGUAAACAUAAACAUUCUCCACCUCUGCUGGAACAGUAAGCUAACUCAGAACAAGUCCGCGAAUAGUUUACCGCUGUGAAAUUCUUUUCUGGUUCUUGACUGCGGUUGCAGCCAAAACCGAAAAUGGCCACCCAAAGCGGUGAGCCCUCGAACCAAGAAACCCAAAGUGCUAGUAAAACCCAAGUUCAUCAAUCCUACGCAAAGGUCACUUCCAGUUCAAUAAUGCCAAAAAAAGACCAAGCUAUUGUUAUAGAUUCCAUUGAAGGCUGUACCAUAGAAGACUACAUCGACGGUCUCGAAGCCCUUAUAGACGCCUCCUACAUUAAAUACAUCUCAAAGAUCUCUGGAAAUCGUGUGUGCACCUACUUAAGUGAUAACGCUCUUGUUGAAAAGCUAACUAACAAAAUGGUCCAAGUCAAAGAUUUUACCCUCAAAAUUCGCCCACUACUAGAAAAGAACAAAAGGGUGGUCCUAUCCAAUGCUUGCCCAGUAAUACCGAACGAAGUUUUCAUUGAAGCCUUAAAAAAUAAAGGCAUUACAAUAGUAUCCCAAAUGAACAACAUCAGAGCAGGACUAAAUAAACCAGGACGAUCACAUAUUCUCUCUUUCAGACGCCAAGUAUACAUCAAAGAGGAAGAUGAGCACCUGCUACCACAAUCGCUACAAAUCACCUAUGAAGAAACUCAAUACUGGGUAUAUCUAAGCACCGAAUCAGCCCACUGCUUUGUUUGUAAACAGUACGGCCACAUAGCUAAAGUAUGCCCGCAUGCCUCACUAACACAAGCUAACAACACAACCAUCAACAACGCUAGAAAUCAAGAAAACGCCGAGCUAGCUCAAAAUCAACAUAUCCUUCACGAUUCUCAUAGCGAGCAGCAAAUGGACAUAGAAAAUCAAAUACGUGGUCAGAAGCGGCCCCCACCUUCCUCUAUUACCUCCGACGCAACUUCAGGCACUCAAACAACUCCUCCAGAAAAUUCUAUGCCAACUCUUCAAGAAAUUGCGGCCCAGAAUACUUUCAAAAAACCCGAGCACAAAAAAACUAAAAAGAGCAACGAAACGGUCAGUAUUGAAACAGCAUUAGCUCCAGCCAAAGAAGCUUUGGACGGACAAGAGCUAAUUAUUAACUUUGACCAAAUGAAAUUGUUCCUUGAAAAAUGUCGUGGCCAGCCUAAAAUUAAUAACAUCGCAAAAGAAUUCACUCAUGAUAUAAAAGGACUCAUAGAUACAAUUGACAUGAUCUAUCCUCAGCUCUCAAACAGUAAUCUCAAAUCUAGGCUAACGCGCAUAAAGAAAAAAUUGUCACUACCAUCUGAAGAACUUACAGACUCACCUCAAGAGUCGGACUAUUAAGAUAAAUAAAAACGACAAGUAAAAAACAACUAAAAAUCGCGUUUUGGAAUGCACGUAGCAUUCUAAAACGUAUUGAAGAACUUCCCCUUCUUCUCGUAAAUAUUGAUAUCUUUAUCUGUGUCGAAACGUGGCUCACUACAGACUAUCAAAAUUUCAACAUACCGGGGUUUCAAAUAUUAAGGAAAGACAGAACGGAAACUGCUGGCGGCGGAAUCUUAAUCGCCCUAAGAAGUGGACUUAACGCGAUUGAACUAAAUCCUCUUAAUGAUGCGAACGGUAAAAUCGAAAUCUGUGGCGUUAAAAUAACCAAUGUCACUCCGCAAUUAGACAUCAUUGCCUGCUACAGACCCCCCAGGAACACUCUACUUCAAGAGGAUUGGGACGCAGUCGUAAACAACGUAGAAAACAACAGCUACUCUCUUCUCGUCGGCGACUUCAACGCUCACCACCGACAAUGGAACUGUUCUGGAGAAGACUCUCAUGGUAAAAAAUUAUACAGUGCGAUCGAUAAAAAAGAUCUUUUAAUUCUUAACACGAAAACGCAAACACGUAUAAAUCCUUCAAAUGGUAAUAAAUCUAACAUAGACCUAAUUUUUUCUUCAUGUAAUAUAGCUCAUACUAUUGAUACCACCGUUCUCGAUGAUUCACGCGGCUCUGAUCAUUUCCCCGUCAUUGUAAAUAUAGACGCAACUAAAAGUGCCUACGAGAAAAAAUCUUUCAAAGUAAAUUCUAUCCGAACCUGCUGGCCGAAAGUACAAGAAAUGCUCAAAGAAAAUUUCUCCACAUUUUACGAACCUGAAUUCUGUGAUGCAUUGCCUAGCGAAAAAUACCAAAUUUUUAUGAAAGUAAUCACAAAUACUAUAAAAUUGAACACGCCUAAAAGAAAAUUACCAAAACCACAUCGUAAAAUAAAAAACCCGGUAACAUGGUGGGACGCAGAAUGCGACAAAGCCCUACGGUUACGUAAAGCCGCUCAUAAAAAAUGGCAAUUUACACAUAAAACGAAAGACUACAUAAAUUAUAAAAAACAAGUCACGAUAACCAAAAAGACCCUCAAAUCAAAAAAAAGAGAGAGCUUCAAACUUUUUGUUAAAACACUCAACCUCACGACUAACAAAUCAUAUGUUUGGAACAAAAUUAAAGUUCUUAAAAAUAAAUGGACAAAAAUUCGUCAUAAUGAUUUUAACUUUGACGCGGAAAAAAAAAUAAAAGAAGCCUUAAACAAAGUCGCUCCUCCAUGGGCCCCCAUUAACCCAGAUUUUCACCCACCCAGCAAUAUCAACGAAUUUCUAAGUAAAUCGUUUCAGUAUUCCGAGUUUAAUGCGGCCCUCGACCCGAAAAAAAAUAAUUCCUCCCCUGGCAUGGAUGGCAUCGAUUACGAAAUUCUCCAAACUGUACCAACUAAUUACAAACUGAUACUCCUAGACAUAUUUAAUGAGAUGUACGCAUCUAACGACUAUCCUAACGAAUGGAAAAAACAAUACAUUCACUUCAUUAAAAAAUCUGACGGAACCAAUUACAGACCAAUAGCCCUCUCCUCCUGUACGUGUAAACUGUUCGAAACCCUCAUAAAAAAUCGACUACAGUGGUAUCUUGAAAGUAAUGACCUUUUGCCAACUGCCCAAUCCGGAUUCCGGAAGGGCCAAUCGUGUACUGACAACCUCGCGAAUUUAAAACUCAUCAUCGAGGAAGGUUUUAAAGAAAAACAACACGUGUUUGCAGUUUUCUUGGACAUUAAAUCAGCUUUCGACAACGUAAAUUGCGAAAUUCUUUUACAAGUCUUAGCAGACCUGAACUGUCCCUCGAAUCUAAUUGAAUUUGUCAAAUUUCUUAUGUACGAAAGAAUAAUUUAUGCAGACACUCUCGGCAACGAAUUUAGAUAUGUAUACAAAGGCGUCCCUCAAGGAGGAGUGUUGAGUCCUUUAUUAUUUAUUAUUUAUAUAAG